AUGACAAAAUAUUAUGAUCUACCUAGUUGUGGUAACAAGGCAUCAUUACCUCUAGAAAUUAGUUUGGGUUAGGAAUUCCCAAUAAGGAUCCAAGGGGCAACUUUUAAUAGGUAAGGAGAGUUGUCAUUCGGUGGGAUGAUUUAAAACUCAUAAUUGAAAGAUGAAAAACUAUUUCUGGCAUAUUACUAAACUGAACCCAAUACUAUCUAUUGGAUAAAAUAACUCUCACUAAUAGAUGUAGUACUAUCAGAUGAUAAAAGGCUCUAUAAAUAUGGAUUUGAUAUCAAUUUGAAAAUUAAACACUUAAGCUAUUUUUUAACUGAUGAUACAGCCAUUAUUGAAAAAGCAGAGAUAAAUCCAUUCAUUUCUGUGUGA